AUGCGUCUAGCCAUCGUCGGAUCCGGACCUUCCGCCUUUUACGCCGCUGCGAGAAUCUUGUCUUCUGAAUUUGGCAAUGUGCAGGUGGACAUGUACGAGAGGCUGCCCGUGCCUCAUGGACUUGUCAGGUGGGGCGUCGCGCCUGAUCAUCCUGAUGUCAAGGUGAGUCGCCAGUCGCGAGCGAGAGGGGCUCAGUAAAGAGACUGUGCAGAUAGGGGUGCAUCUUUGCUCUUGCUUCCUUGAUGGGUGUGCUCCAGCAGUUCGCAGCUGCUGCCUCUUACCUUCCAUACGCGCUCUUACCCAUUUCCUGUCUUACCUGCCUGCCUGCCCGCUUGCCUGCCCGCUUGCCUGUCUGGAAGAAUGUGGAGCAUCGCUUUGCAGAGGUGGCCAAAGAUCCGCGCUUCAAUUUUUAUGGAAACGUCAACAUCGUCUCGCAAGGAGGAGCAAAUCCUCGCAGCAGCAGCAUCAGCAGCAGCAGCAGCAGCAGCAGCAGAGAUGCGGUCCUCUCAUCCGAAGCGGACGCGCUGGAGAGUUACCCUUCAGCCAUCCACUUACCCAUCGAGUCCAUCUUGCCUCACUACAACUCCCUCUUGCUAGCCUACGGCUCUACGCGUAGUCGCUCGCUAGGCAUCCCAGGCUCUCCGGACAUUUUCGGAAGAGGAGGUCUGCGCAAUGUUCAUUCCAGCUUGGACUUUGUGCACUGGUACAAUGGACACCCUGCUGCGCACGAUGUCUCGCUAGGCGGCGGCGGCGGCGCCAAACACAUGGAUUUGACGGGUGUGCAAAAGUUGUCCAUCAUCGGAGCUGGAAAUGUGGCGUUGGAUGUGGCUAGGAUCGUACUUCGCGCUCCCACCGCUCUGGGCAUUGCCGGAUCUUCCGAAAAGACCAGCGAUCCGACCAUCGAUGCGCAUUCCAACCCGGGCAAAGAACUGACACCCUUGCGCAAGUCGGACAUUCCCGAACCCGUCCUUGCUCAUCUUAGUUCGAGUCGCGUGAGAAAGGUGGACAUUUUUGCGCGCAGAGGUCCAGCUCAGUUGGCAUGCACCACAAAGGAAUUGAGGGAAAUGAUGACGCUUUGGAGCAAUGCCGAGACUGCGCAUGUCAGGUUUGAGGGGGUGAGGGAGAAGGAUAAGCUGAGAGGUCUAGAGGGACUUCAAGCGUUGCAGAGGAGCUCGAGUCCAGAGUACAGAGCGAAAAAGAGAAUGUUGGAGUUGCUUUGGGCGGAUGAGGCUAGCAAGAGUCGAACGAGCAAGAAGAAGAGCUUCAAGGUGGCAAAGAAUGAGCAGCAGCAACAGGCUCCUCAUAUGGCCUUACCACCAACACAUUACGAUCCGCACUCUGCAUCAACGCAAGCCGUUUCGCAGUGGGCCUUGAACUUUUGGCACACUCCGAAAAGCUUCGAGGCUAGGUUGGAGGCGGAGGAUAGGGUUGGCAGCAUUCGCUUCAGCGUUGGGGAUGGGCAAAAAGAAGUAUCCAAAGACAUCAGCACAGACUUUGUCGUCACUAGUGUUGGGUACUUGGGAGCUCCGUUGCUGCGCAAAGGCAAGUCUGAGGGAGAUGAUGAUGCAGAACGAAGCUCCUCCAUCAUCCCUUGGGACUCUAGGAAGGGUGUAGUACCAAAUGAAGGCGGUCGGGUUGUGCGCCCUGCUGUGGAUGGCAGCAGCAAGGUGAGCCAGGCUCGGGGCAGGCAGGCGCAAGUACAGGAACAAGACGAGGUUCGCACGCGCUGACCAAUUUCCCCGCCUCCCUCUCCCCGCAUCGGACGACUUUUUCCCCCCCCCUCUUCACAGAUCGUCCCGGGUCUAUACGUAUCGGGCUGGCUGGCUCGAGGACCUGUGGGGGUGAUAGCUUCUACAAUGUACGACGCCAACAGCGUAGCGGAUCUGAUCCUUUCCGAUUGGGCUCAACAGCUCUCUUCUGCCCACUCCGACGCUACAUCGCCCGACUUGCUGCUCGCUGCACCCGGCCAACAAGCUCCAGACUUGCCAAAGGAGCUGAGAGAAAGUAGUAGACCCUUUGUGGACUGGAAAGGGUGGCAGAGGAUAGAUCGGGAAGAAUUGAAAAGGGGUCAAGAGCUGGGCAAGUUGAGGGAAAAGAUUUUGAGUGAGUAGGGAUCGAAGGUGCGGGCGCGCGUGCGCGCGUGCGCGCCGGAGGCAAGAUGUGUGAAGCGCUCAAUAGCUGUACGGCUUCGUGCAGACUUUUGGCUGACUUUUGCCUCGUUGCGCUUCGGGCUGGUGCAGCGGUGGACGAGAUGCUCAGGGUAGCAGUGCAAUAG